AGAUUUGAGGAUCAAAUCUUAAUUAGUAGUCAGGUUCUUAUCUUUUUCUAUGCAUUAGUUAUUAUCCAGACUAGUAGCCCUGUGAUUUACGGAGGGCUGGGACUAACGAAUUGCCUUUUGUCAUAAUGUUCUAUUCAUGUUCCCAAUCAAACAUCUGACUUCUGAGUUCUCAGCUCUUCCUAAACACCGCCGGACGGAGAUAGGCAGCAUGGAGACGAUGAUAGCCAUGAAGGUUGUGGGCUUCUCAUUUCAGUUCAUAGCGGGAAAGCUAGAGAGGAUGCUAGUGGAAGAAGCUGCGUUGCUGGCCGGAGUCGAAGAUGAUGUUCGAUACAUAGUCGUUGAGCUCAGAAGCAUGACCUCUUUCUUGACGGCCAUGUCAACCCGGCACAAUCUGGAUGAUCAACUGCAGAACUGGGUACAAGAAGUCAAGGAGGCGGCCUACGAUGCCGAAGACUCGAUCGAUGAGUUCUUAUGUCAUCUCGGAUCGAUACCCUACGACCAGCGCAGAGUCAAAGGUUUUUUCAAGCAUUUCCUUCGUAGUAUAAAAUCAAUGAAAGCUCGUCAUGACAUCGCUUCAGAUCUCAAGAAAUUUAAGGUUCAUGUAGAAGAGGUCAGAAAGAGGCAAGAUCGCUAUUCCCACCCAAAUGAAGUUUCAAGCUCUGGCACCGCCACAAGCUUGGAAAUGGCCAGCACAUAUUCUGAUCCACGAAUCAUCGGCCAUUUUGUAGAGGAAGCUCAACUCGUGGGCAUCAACGAGAGCAGACAUACGCUAAUCGAGUGGGUGUUGGACAAGAACCGUCUCGAGCUCACAGUGAUUUCUCUCUUCGGCUUCGGUGGUUUAGGAAAGACAACUUUAGCCAUGACAGUAUAUGACGAUCCUACUAUCGUCAGAGGCCACUUCCAAUCUCGAGCUUGGAUCGCAGUGUCACAAAAUUACAGCAUCAAAGGGCUUCUCAAAAAGAUUAUUCGACAAAUCUCCGUCAACGAGCAACAAAUUCGGGAUGUUCUAGGGUGCCAAGAUGACAGGUUGAACACAGAGCAACUUCUGAACAUGAUGGACGAGACGCAACUGGUGAAGACAGUCAGAGACCAUCUCCAAGGAAAGAGGUAUUUGCUUGUUUUUGAUGACGUUUGGAGAACUCAAGCAUGGGAAGGCUUGAGCAUCGCAUUGCCACCUGGUAAAGAAGGAAGUAGGGUCAUAGUGACCACCCGCAUUGAGGAAGUGGCGAAUAUAAGUUGUUCUCGUAAUCAUCGAUUUAUAUUUAAAGUCUCUCCUUUAUCACCUGAGCUAUCUUGGGAGUUAUUCUGCAGAAGAGUAUUUGAAGCGCCAGACUAUAAUUGUCCUCCAGAGCUAGAAAAUGUUGGCAGAGAAAUCUUGCAAAAGUGCAAUGGACUGCCACUUGCGAUCGUGACGAUUGGAGGUCUUCUAGCUUCCAAGCCUGAUAAAAAACUUGAGGAAUGGAAAGACUUGCGCGACAACCUUCGUUUGGAGAUAGAAACUAACGAUAUGCUGUUGAAGAUCCAUCAAAUACUAGUUUUGAGUUACAAUGACUUGCCUUGCCAUCUCAAGCCUUGCUUCUUAUUCUUAGGCAUCUUCCCUGAGGAUUUUGAGAUUCACCGGAAGCGCCUGAUGAGACGGUGGAUUGCUGAAGGGAUUGUGAGUGGCGUAGGCGACUUGCCCGCUGAGAAAGUCGCCGAGCGCAACUUCAACCAGUUGGUGAAUCGUAGUUUGGUGCAGCCAUCGCAAUUUGAUGAUAGUGGGACAGUGAAAUCCUGCCGCGUCCAUGACAUGAUGCUUGAUGUCAUACUCUCGAUAUCGAGGAAGGAGAACUUUGCGGUGCUACUGAAGGAGCACCCCACGAUUCCACAGCAACACCAGGAGAUAAGACGCUUGUCGUGGCAUGGAGGAAGCAGUGGACUAGUGGCUGACACUGAUCUGUCCCACCUCCGAUCCUUCACUGCAUUUGCAUUUGCUGAGGAUGUACCACCACUAAAGGAUUAUAGAAAGCAGAGGCAGUUGAGGGCAAUUGACCUGGAAGGAUGUAGGGCCUUGCUUUAUCUCCACCCCAAGAGCUUUUCCAAGUUGUUUCUUUUGAAGUACUUGUCUCUAAGAGACUGUAAUAUAUCAGUGUUGCCAGAUUCAAUAGGAGAUUUGCAAAAUCUAGAGUUUUUGGAUAUAAGAGGAACUCAUAUUGAUGAACUACCCAAAACCAUCGUCAAACUCCAAAAACUGGUCUACCUGCUUGCUAGUAAAUAUUUGAAGGUCCCGGAAAGAAUAGGAAAGUUGAAUAGACUUGUCGUGUUUGGAAUAGUACGUGCUGAUAGUGUGCAGUUGCUACAGGAGAUUGGUGAGCUCGUUAACCUCCAGAAGCUUGGCAUCGGUUUUAGUCAUCGUGAUGAUCUAUCACUCAGAAUGCUGGAGGAGAUCAGCGCCCUGCUCUCGAAGCUCAAUGGCAGCCUUCGAUCUCUAAAAAUUUUCAGUUGGCCAAACAGCAGUCUGAAAACGGCACUCGAUGAGGUAGCUUCUCCGCCAUUUCUGCUCUGCAAGCUCCAGAUAUGUUACGAACUUGGCAAAUUGCCUCCUUGGUUUGCAUAUCUGAAUCAUGUUGUCAAGAUAUAUCUGGAAUACACACAACUGCAGCUCGAGGAUCUACAAGUCUUGAGAAAUCUCCCCGCUUUGGUCAACCUGAUACUAGAAUAUAGGUCAUUCGUCCAUCAUGAUUUGGUCUUCGAUCAGGGAGGGUUCACACAACUUAAGUUCCUGGAAAUUAGUGGGUACAAUGUGAGUUUCAAAGUAGGUGCAGUCCGAAGCCUCGAAAUCCUUAAAAUAUAUUUUGGCACGGGAGGUAGCAGCGUCAAUGGCAUAAAACAUCUGCAUGGGCUAAGGGAGGUUCACAUUAAAACUAGGGAUGAAGAUGUAAUAGAGAUGGUAAAAAAUAUUGCAGCAAACCAUUCAAAUCGUCCCAAAUGUUUUGCAACACUACAUUAGCAUGCUUAAGGCUUAUGAUUUGACUCAGCAAAGCUUGCAGUCAAUGCAGAGAUGAAAUUAAUAAAACAUCUGGUGUGGUGUGUAUUCUAGUUCUUCUCUCCAACUUAUCCAUUGUUAAUCUCUUUCUAUUAUGCUUAAUUCUCAAACUUAUUUGGCUAUUCAAA